GUUCAGGAGCCCCUCAGUCUUCCCUUGGAGGAGAGACUGGCUAGCUGGGAGUGGUGAGUUGAACAGCAGCUCAAGGCGGCCACGCAGGACCCAGGAAGCCCCAGUGCCCUGUUGCCUCUACUCAUCCAAUUAGUACCUCCAGCCUUCACAUACCACACCCAGACACCAAAGGUCAGCAGAGAGAAAUUCAUACAUCCGAGAGAAUGGAAUGGACGAAGGAGGCCCAGAAGGGUUCCCAGCCAGAGUCCGGAUUGGGCACUGUGAUGCAGACCUGAGGACAAGAGAAAGGGGCUAAGGUUGGGCCCCUAGGGCCUGUAGAGUCAGAUGAAUGGAGCGUCUGCGAACUGCCUGCACCAGGGUCCUGUGGGCGAAGGGGAGAAGGCCUGGAUGAGUCAGUCCCAGGAAUUGAUGGGGGAGCAGAGAGGAACUUGGUGAUCCAGUAAGGAAGAAACGGCUGAGCAAGCAAGGGGUAGAACCCAGGCUUCCCAGCUCCCGCCGUCUAAGCUGUCCCCCUUCACACGUCAUCCCACACACAAUGUUUAGACAGAGCAGUGAAGAAGAAACACAGACAUCCUGGAUCCCGCAGGGAGGAGGCCAGCGCUGGGAACAGAAGGAGGUCUGUUUAUUCGUAGCAGUCCAAUAUCUGAGGGGCCCCACACCCGACUCGGGGAUGAACUCUCCCAGAGCCUCUGACUUCUGCCAGACAGUGUGGGGCUGAGGACCUCCUGCUGGAGCCCAGUGUCCUCCGCCCACCAGCUCCCUUGAGGAUAGGUUUGAGGUUGGAUGCUUUCCUCUUCCCGCUUUUUGUCCCAACAGAAGUCCUGCCUCUCCAGGACCCCUGACUGCUGUGCCUCCAGCCCUUCAACUCAGGUCUCCCCCAGAGAGCCCAGAAAUUCCCCUUGCUCCAGCCACUUGUACUCAAGCAAGGCAGUCUUUCCUAAAGUCUCACCUCCAGCUUUCUUGCUGCAGUUUUAGCCUGUUCCCUCCCAUUUCGGGCCUUAAGGGAGCCUAACUGGCUUUUCUCCCUCACCCCAAAGCCACACUUGAUAUGGAAAUGGGGGCACCAUACCCCUUGGUUCCUAACGCCUGAACAUGUCCUUCCACUGUACAGUUUCGCACGGCAUGAAGACAUUUUGGUCAAUGGAGGACUGCAUAUAGGACAGAGGUCCCAUAAGAUUAUAGUGGAGCUGGAAAAUUCCUAUCGCCUAGUGAUUUCAUAGUGCAACGCAUUACACAAAUAACCAUUGUGUUACCAUUGCCUGCAGUAUUCAGUUCAGUAACAUGCUGUACAGGUUGGUAACCUAGGAGCUGUAGGGGAACAGAAUUCGUCAACCCAAGAUAUGUCUCUGGCAUAAGGAUUAUUUUAGGCUGGUUAAUUUUAAGAAACGGGCAGACUUUAAAGAAGCUCUGAAAACCAAGUAGAAGUUUUUACCCUUUGUAAAAUACAUUUACAUUUGUGAGGGUGUCUCCCUCACUGUACCAGGAAGAGGGGGAUGACCUUAACUCUACAAACUUAUUAAUGCAGAAGACCACGACUUAAAUGACUUAAAUCUGCAUAACAAUCUCCCUUGAUGGCUAUGCUUUUCUCCCCCUCCACACCCCCAACAUCUUUUGUCUUAGGUUGAAGAUGGUAUUUAGGUGAUGACUUCAGCCACUUUGCCUGGGCAGAGCCGGUGCUGCCCAGAACCCAGAGCCCUGCUGGCUCCCAGAGCGGAGGCACCAUGCUCCCCCUGCCCAAGACCUCAGCUAUCUCCAGAAGUCCUGCACGGCCGGCUGCAGCAGCUCCCUGACACUCACAGGAAAGCCCAGGCUGGGCAGGCAGCACCUGUCUCCAACAGCCAUGCAUGCCGGCCGUUGCUUCAGGCCUCCCCUGUCCCCAGACCCAAGAUGACACCCAACAGCACCAGGGAGGUGCCCGGUGCCGUUCCCGUGGGGGCCUUAGGGCUCUCCCUGGUCCUGGCAAGCCUCAUCGUCACGGCCAACCUGCUCCUGGCCCUGGGCAUCGCCGGGGACCGCCGCCUGCGCAGCCCGCCUGCUGGCUGCUUCUUCCUGAGCCUGCUGCUGGCGGGGCUGCUCACAGGGCUGGCCCUGCCUGCGCUGCCAGGACUCUGGAGCCAGAGCCACCGAGGCUACUGGUCCUGUCUCUUUCUCUACUUGGCUCCCAACUUCUCCUUCCUCUCCCUGCUCGCCAACCUGUUGCUGGUGCACGUGGAGCGCUACAUGGCCGUGCUGCGGCCUCUCCGGACCCGUGGGAGCACUCGGCUGGCCCUGCUCCUCACCUGGGCUGGCCCCCUGCUCUUUGCCAGCCUGCCCGCCCUGGGGUGGAACCACUGGGCCCCUGGUGCCAACUGCAGUUCCCAGGCUGUCUUUCCAGCCCCCUACCUCUACCUCGAAGUCUACGGGCUGCUGCUGCCUGCCGUGGGCGCUGCGGCUCUUCUCUGCGCCCGCGUGCUGGCCACCGCCCACCGCCAGCUGCAGGACAUCCGCCGGCUGGAGCGCGCAGUGUGCCGCGGGGCACCCUCGGCCCUGGCCCGGACCCUGACCUGGAGGCAGGCAAGGGCACAGGCCGGAGCCACGCUGCUCUUUGGGCUGUGCUGGGGGCCCUACGUGGCCACCCUGUUCCUCUCGGUCCUGGCCUAUGAGCAGCGCCCACCACUGGGGCCUGGAACUCUGUUGUCCCUCAUCUCAUUGGGCAGUGCCAGUGCGGCAGCCGUGCCUGUGGCCAUGGGGCUGGGUGAUCAGCGCUACACAGCUCCCUGGAGGGUGGCUGCCCGACGGUGGCUACAGAUGCUGCGGCUAAGAGCCUCCGGGGGCAGUCCUGGCCCCAGCACUGCCUACUGCACCAGCAGCCAAAGCAGCGUGGACCUGGACUUGAACUAGGGGAAAGACCUCUGCUCACUCCUACCAGAAGCGUCCAACCAUCUUGGCCAACAAGCCCAUCUCCACUUGUCCCCACACCUCUGGAUCAAAGACACACACACCC